AUGGUGCGACCUGAUUAUCCAACCCGAGCUUCUCUUGAAAAGUUUCUUGUAUCUCGACAGGAUAGCAUUGGCUCCGAUAAUACACUCGAUAAUAAGGCAACCGAGAACAAGGAAUCUUCAAGAUCCGAGUCCCGGCAUUGGUUCAAGAGAACCAGGAGCAGCAGCGAGGGUCACAAGCCGAACACCCCAACCGUCAAUCUUUACACACAUUGCGGACGACACACCAAUCAAUAUCUAUUCGGCGGCCAUUCGAUUUCGGAGUCAAUCAAGGACAUUAUUAGAAAGAAGUAA